AUGGUCGAAAUCGAUAGAGGAAGACCCGAUAGAAUGAGUUCAACAGAGACAUCGGUAGAUAGCAAUGAGUCACGUCCCAAGCGCACAAAAAGAAGCAGUUCUGUAGAUUAUAGUCAAGGUCUAUCAGUGCAAACUGACAUCAGAAACGGUAGUACAGAUACAACUGAUAAGGAAAAGAAUAGUAUAAACUAUAUACAGCUAGAUGGCAAAAAGGUAGAGCUUGAAGUUAUAAGCAGUAGUUCAAGUGAUAAUAGUGACAACUCUGAUGGUGAAGAUAGUUCAGCAAUUGAAGAGACAGCUUUCACCAAUGCAACUAACGAUAAUAAUUAUGAAAAUAGUGACAAUUCUGAGGAUGAAGAUGGUGAUAGUGAUAUCAGUGAACUCGAGUUCGAACAACCAACAUCACCGGAAGAUGACAUAGGUCUUGAUUUAUUCAACAAAGAGGCGGUUAUACCACCGCUAUCAGAAAUACGUAUCACCAAAAAAGUCUCCUCUCAAGUACGUAAAUACUUAAAGACCGAAGGGCAUGGUAAAUUUUUGGAUCUUUUUUUACCUCCAGGGCCGACUCCUGAUGAUAUAUUUACUUUGGUCAAACUAUUGGGAUUUCAACCACCAAAAAUAAGAGGCUUAAGGACUUUACCGUCCGAUGUCAUAUUACGUGCAUCUAUAACAUGCUUGAAGAAUGCCAUCAACAAAGUUAUAAGAACACGAACAAGAUUACCCGAUUUCCAUGAAAUCAAACACGUAGUUGAUGCAUUAAGUAAGGCAGAAAACAUUAUUAUUCUAACAGGUGCAGGCAUUUCAACGUCAUUAGGUAUACCGGAUUUUCGGUCAUCACAAGGUUUCUAUUCUAAAAUGAGAAAUUUAGGUCUUGAUGAUCCACAAGAGGUUUUUUCGUUGGAUGUUUUCAGGCGUGAUCCUUCAAUUUUCUAUUCAAUUGCAUAUAUGAUUUUACCCCCAGAGGAUUCAUCGACGCCAUUACAUGCUUUCAUCAAAUUAUUACAAGACAAAGGGAAACUUUUGAGAAAUUACACACAGAAUAUUGAUAAUUUAGAAGGCAAUGUAGGGGUUUUACCAGAGAAGUUGGUCCAAUGCCACGGAUCCUUUGCAACUGCAAGCUGUAUUACAUGCAAAUAUAACAUCCCGGGGGAAACUCUAUAUCCAAAUUUAAGAUCAAAGAAGAUAGCCUAUUGUCCUUUCUGUGAAUCCGAAAGGAAAGCACUCUUGAAAAAAUUUGAAAAACACGAAGAUGAAGGGUUGGGCUAUUCUUCCAGAUUUCAAUAUGUCAAAUCAUUUGGUGUAAUGAAGCCAGAUAUUACUUUUUUUGGUGAAAACCUACCUGAUAGAUAUCAUGAUACGAUCAAGGAAGAUAUAGAGAAAUGUGAUCUAUUAAUAACCAUAGGUACUUCAUUGAAAGUAGCUCCUGUUAGCGAGAUCGUGAAUAGAAUACCAGCUCAUGUCCCACAAAUUUUGAUUAAUCGAGAUCCAAUCAACCACUGUGAAUUUGAUGUUGAAUUUCUGGGUUACUGUGACCAGGCAAUCACAUGGAUUUGUGGAAAGACCGAUCUAAGUUGGGAGAUUCCUCACCCUAAGUACAAAGAGAUUCUCGAUUCUGGACUGGAACUGGAAGUUAUAGAUCAAGAGUACGGUAGAUAUAGAAUCACCGACGCAGACGAGCGAUUGAAGGAAAGACUAACAAAACUAGAGGAAACAAAGAAGUUGGACAUAGAAACACAAGGAGCUGUUAGGGAUGAAUAA